AUGAGCACAAACAAGGUUUCUGGCGGUGAGGACAAGGUUCCUGGCGGUGAGGACAAGGUUCCUGACGCUGAGGACAAUGUUCCUGGCGCUGAGGACAAGGUUAAAUUAAGGUGGCGCUGAGAACAAGGUUUAAUUAAGGUGGCGCUGAGGACAAGGUUCCUGGCGAUGAGGACAAACAAGGUUCCUGGCGCCGAGGACAAGGUUCCUGACGGUGAGAACAAGGUUCGUGACGCUGAGGACAAGGUUCCUCACGCUGAGGACACGCGCGGAGGUCGUCGUACAUUCUCGUCACUCAUUCUUGUAAGUUAUGUUGUAUAUUAUUUAACUGACAGGUAGAGAAAUGAGAGAACUUAAACCAUGCAUUAAACAUAGUCUGAAUAAAGCUUUUAUUAUUAUAUUAUUUUUUGAGAAUCUAGUUUUCCGUAAAAUUGCUUUUUUAAGACACGUGAAUCGUGAAACGGCUUUGUUUUCGUUGUGAAACGUGAUCUCACCCCCUUUCCCAUCCUCUAUUGUGCUCACCACUUUCUGGUUCUCGAAACAGCUUUUUCUUAUAUUAUAAAAAGAUGCCACGCUCUUUUGCCAACAACAUCUAUUCACGACGAAAGCGAACUGAAUGCUUCGUUACACUUCAUGCAAACUUUCAGGCGAAUGUAAUCGUUAAUGUCCCGCUGGCUCUAAGGAUAAGGUUCCCGACGCUGAGGACAAGGUUCGCUGAGGACAAUGUUCCUGAUGCUGAAGACAAGGUUCCUGGCGCUGAGGACAAGGUUCCUGGCGCUGAGGACAAGGUUCCCGACGCCGAGGACAAGGUUCGCUGA